AUGUCUCUUUCCGAAAACGAUAUAUCCAUCACGGCAGCACAACACCAGGCCAGCAGCGCGCUCGAUGAAUCCCAGGACUGCAGUCGAUCUGUCUGCUCAGAGACCGCCAACAUGGAGAGCGAAGAUUCCGGAGGCGAAUGGCGCAGAUCCGGCAGAAAGCGCUGUCGUCCAAAGAACAGCGACUCGUCUCCAGACAUUCAGCAACAACCAAAGAAACAAGAUAACACCACCCUCACCGUCAUCUUCGUUCCUGUGAAAGAGGAGACCAGACUUACAGCGCUCAACAGCCUGAAAAUUUCCGAAGCCCUCGAGAAGCUCUGCCAAGAGUGCAUCAUCCAAGUGCGCCCCAACGAUCGGCUGAACCUGAUCGCUGUUGAUGUUCGCAACGGGCAGGCAGCGAAAACUCUACUGAACACUGCAAUGCUCUGCGGUGUUCCAGUAAGAGCCUACUCCCCAGUGUCAGGGCCCAUUUCGUAUGGUGUCAUCCAAGGCGUCGACGCUGAAAUCACAGAAGACGAGAUUGCGCGCAAUCUUCGCGCUGAUGACACAUGCUGCAAGAUUGCCAACGUUCGGAGACUUGGACGCUCCCGCGUCGUGAAAGUCGCCUUCACCAGGACUAAGCUGCCAAGCUACGUGCUUCUAGGGCACGUUCGCUAUCCAGUCUCACCGUUCACAGACAGACCGUUACAAUGUCACAAUUGUAACGGAUUUGGCCAUAAGAAAAUCGCCUGCCAACGUCCGAAGGCCUGCUGCCGUUGUGGGCAACACCAUGACGGGACGGGUGCUGAAUGUCAGUCCACGACAGUGAAAUGCGCCAAAUGCAGUGGAAAGCACCAAGCCACAUCACAUGACUGUCCAAAAUGGAUUAAAGAGCGUGACAUUAUAGUGUACUCCAAGAAGAAUUCAGUGGGAUUCCGCGAAGCGAAGUCAGCCUUAGAUCCCCAAAAGAGACAAAAAACUGGCACCGCUGAGAUCAUAAUGCAAGACGAAUCAGAGCCAACGAUCUCUAAAGCAGGCGCCAAAAGUAUACGCUUCUGUCGUCGCUGA